AUGACCACCCCUUCGACGGCGCUCUCCAUCGCCGCCUUCGCGGCCGGCGUCACGCUGAUUCUCCUAGCCCACGUCCUCAUCAUCCUAUGGGCUCUGCGGCGUGGCGCCGGAGCUGACGCUGACCAGGAACGUGCCGUCGUUGAGGAGGACGGCGGAGGGAAGGGCCUGUCUGCCGACGAGCUUCAGACGCUGCCGUGCCACGACUUCUCCUCCAACUGCCUGUCUGUCGACACCGCCGAAUGCGCGGUGUGCCUGGAGGCUUACGAGGCCGGCGACCGGUGCAGGCGGCUGCCGAGGUGCGAGCACAGCUUCCACGCCAAGUGCGUGGACCCGUGGCUGAAGAAGAGCCGCUUCUGCCCAGUGUGCCGCGCCGACGUGGUGCCCAGGGAAGAGCUCGUGAAGGUAGCCGGGGAAGCAGCUUUGGCAGUGGAGAUGGCGGCGGAGAGGAGAAGCUCGGCCGCGCUGGAGGUCGUUGUGGUUGCAAGGCGGCAGCAGUAUAGCUGGACUGUUCAUACCGGGAUGGUGUUGCGCUAG